AGCUUCUGCUCAAACACCCAAAUUCAUCUUGACCGGCAUACAGCUCACUCACACAGCAUUAGCAUGGCUUGGAGCUGUAACACGAAGGUUCACCUGGGAGGAAUAUUUCUCUCAUUCUUUGGAUGGGUCUCAUCCUGUGUUGUGACUUUUGUGCCACUCUGGAAGAAUCUCAACCUGGACUUGAAUGAAAUGGAGAUCUGGACCAUGGGGCUUUGGCAAGUCUGCAUAAUGCAAGAGAAAGGCACUAUGGAGUGUAAAAGCUAUGAGUCUUUCUUGGCUCUGCCAUUGGACCUCAGGGUGUCCAGGAUUUUGAUGUUCCUCUCUAAUGGAUCGGGACUUCUUGGAUUCUUGAUCUCCAGUUGUGGGCUGGACUGUUUCAAGGCCUGGGAAGAAAAAACAACUCUAAAGAAACAACUAAUGCUUUGCGGAGGAGUGAUUUUUGGCAUCUCAGGAAUUAUGACCCUCAUUCCAGUUUCCUGGCUUGCCUAUAACACCGUAUAUGAAUUCUGGGAUGAAACUGUCCCAGAAAUUGUACCUAGAUGGGAAUUCGGAGAAGCAAUGUUCCUGGGCUGGUUUGCUGGAUUUUUCCUUGUAGUAGGUGGGCUGCUCAUCACCUGCUCAGCCUGUUUGAAAGGGACGGAAAUGACAACAAUGCCUUUAGCAGCUGGCCAUGAACCAACGCAGGUGCAAGGUCCAUUAGCAAUGCGACACUGGAGCCAACAUUCACAUCCCAAAAACGCCGACCUGGUAAUCUAAGACUUCCAGCACAGAAUUCUGUACUUGCUUCCUAGCUUUUCAGAUUGUGAGAAGUUCCCAUAAUAAUUUACAGGAUGAUUAGCUACUUCUUUGUCCAUAAGAAAUUAUUAAGCUCGCUAUUUGUUUUGUCUUCCUGUGUGUUGGUAAGUUUUAAAGAGCAAAAGCUUUUCCUGAGACACUUGCAAGCUGAGUCUGGAACUAUAAAAUCAGUGAGGUGAACACAGAAAACUAAAUAGCACUUCAUAUUUCUAGCAACAUUUUAAAUGCAGCAUGUUACUGAUUAUUCUAUCUGAGCAUCUUUGGAAAUUUCUGAUAGAACUGUAACAUCUGUACACAAUUGUGAAGGUUAUCGCUCCUUAACUGUCUGUUGUAGAGAGACAAGGUGGGUGAGGAAAUAUCUAUCAAUACACAGGGAUAAAUUCCACCACAUAUUUUAUUCAAUUUGAUGGCAACAUGUUUCUGUGCUCUCAGAAAGUAACUGCAUCUUGAACAGCAUAAGAGAAGAUGGGGAUGCAGGAUUUUAGCUAUAAAGAGCAACGCUGCAGUAUUUUUAUUCAUCUAGCAACAUUUUGUUAUAGAAAGUCAGUUUAUACAAAAAAAUGCAUUUUCCACAUCCAUAAAAGGUGCAAAAUCAGAGGCAUAUAUUUACUAGUUAGUGAAAUCAUAAAAAUAUCAGACCCACAAUUAGAAUGUUAUCCAAUUUAAUUCUUUUUUAGAUCACUUGUGUAUAACAAUUAGAAUGUAACUAUUCCUCUAAAGAGCUCCUAAAUUUUCAUUUGGCUACCAAAAAAAAAAAAAAGUUUCUAUUCACUUACUGUGUUUACUAAUAAAGUUAUAUAUAAGAAAUCUGUUAAAUACUCAUUUUAGCCUGAUCAGGAGUAAAUCUGAUGCUACAGUACUAUUUAACAACUCUGUUUUGUUAUUUUUAUAACCUUUGCUUACAAUGUCUGUGACAAUGAGAUCAAAGCAAGGAAGCCCCCAUCCAAACCCAGAGUUUGUUUGGGAAUCAAAGAAGUUCACUUUUGGUUUAAAAAGUUUGGUUUUGCAAUUUGCAGUUCAUUCCAGCAGAGAUACCAAUAUGCAGAGAGCAAGAUUAUUUGCAGAAAGUUUUCUAGCCUGGCUGAACCCAGGACAUUUUAGAAACUUUGCAGACAGGCCAAAAAAUGAACGUUAGGGAGCCCAAGCUUCCUGAACAAUCCACCCUCCGUCAGCCUUUCAAAUCUCCCAAUCGUUACUUGAAAUGAUGCACGUAUUUCUUUCAUGAACGGGAACUUUGCUUGGAUGGAUAAUUCAGGAUGUGGUCUCACAGCCUGAGCCAAGUCAACGGAAGGUCGCCCCAUUUUCUCUACUAGGUUUGGAUCAGGUCCCAAGUGCGUACCUGUUAGAUCCUUAAAACUCAUGUUAAAAAGAACUGAAAGGAACCCACUGAAAAUU